AUGCCAUUCGAGCAGAAUUCGAUGCUAACAAUCCUGCUCACAAUUGUGGUAUUGGUGCUACUGGAUCCGGAAUAUACGGUGGCUUAUAUAUCGGUGAACUAUGAGAUUGUGCUCAUCUACAUCAUAUCGUCGCUUACGCUUCUUUACUGCGUGGUAUCUAUCAUCAUGUAUGCAGUAGUGCAACGUCGAAGAAGUGACACGAGGGCACCCUCCCUCACCAAUUGCUCGAUUACUGUAAGUCCUCUUCCGAUAUCGUACUCAUUCAUCUAUAUGCUAUUUUUACAUCAUUGCUUAUGA